CAGGAAAAAAUGGCGAGAUACGACGAAGACCUUCACGAGAACCCGUUCUUCAACACUCUGGUGACCAAGUACAACAUCAUGUUCUCGGAAGCGGCCGAGAAGAAAUGGAUGAUAUUUGUGCCUCGAGCAGACACGGUCCCGAGACUGAAACUCAACAAGAAUGACUUUGAGAACCACAUAUUCCGACAGAUGGCAGGAGACUCCCCCGCCACUCUGGUCUCCUGCAACGGGAAGGUGUGUGCUAUUUCAGGGGAUAUAAUGACGACCGAACAAGGCUACAAGGAACAGAGAUCAGUUCGAAUUCUCUUUGAGGAGUGUUUCUACAACAGUAGAGACGAGAGCUACCAGGUCUUCUGUCUGGAGCAGCCACUGGAGGGCACGCUCACCGACGACGCAGGAGCCGUCGUCAGAAUGGAGAGUCUCGAGGACUGCUGCAACUACCUCUGGAGAGACCCAGUCAAUGACAGGGUGAAGAAGUCUGUGGACAGUCUGUUGGGAUUCUUUAAAAUGGAGCGAGGAGGCUCCCUCAGGACUAGCAUGGAUGCUGCGUCAGCUGUGUACACGAGAGCUAUCCAAGAAGUGCUGAAGAUUAGAAGAUACCAGUCCAUGUCUCAGAGAAAUUUCUGCAAACUAGCGGUGGAGACUUACGUAAUGGCAGGACUCCACAAGAAGAUUUUCAAAGAGAUUUGCUUCCUUGUGGCACACCGGGACAGCACACUCAAUAAGAUAUCGAGGAACCUGACAGAUAUUCCUCCCGAACAUCUGGGCAUCAAGGCACAGUUUAGGCUCUCUCUACCACAGGCCAAGAAAGUCCUCUGUCAACUAAACCAGCUGCCCAGCCCUCUGGAGAAGAUGAACUGCCUCAAGCAGUGUGUGUCUGUCUUCACAAAGAUGCCUCUGGAAGGCCACUUCGAUGCUCUGACGGCCGACGAGCUCCUCCCCAUUCUAGUCUACCUCGUCAUCAUUUCUGACAUUCCAAACUGGCACGGAAACAUGGCCUACAUCAACAACUUUCAUUUCUCCAGAAUCGGAGUCGAGGAAUUUGCGUAUAAUGUGACGUCCUUUGAGGCUGCUGUUGAGUAUAUCAGUGCUGAAUCAUCACAGCUGGCAAGUACGGAUUGGAGUGCGAUGUUCACUGCCGUUCCCAGACACUACCCCAGCAGUAACAUGGCUACCGAGAAGGACUCUCCAGUGUCUCACUUCUUCAAGGCAGUGUCGGAGGGAGACGUGGAGAGAGUGUCCACUCUACUCAAACAGUCCGAGGAAGAGGCUCGGGCGGCCAAGGACCAGCUCUGUCACCCGCUGUGCAACUGCCAACACUGCACAGCCCUUGAAGACAGGCAGAUGGACGACUCACACAGAGUCACUGUUUUCUCUCGAGAUGUGGACGGUCGCACUGCCCUACACAUUGCCGCAAGAAUUGGUAGUACUGAGCUGGUGAGUCUGCUGGUGGAGAAUGGGGCUCUGGUGACAGCCACAGACCACCACGGUGCCACUCCCCUACAUUUGGCUUGCCAGAAAGGACAUCAAAAGACAGUGGUAAGGAAUAAAUAAAUACAGCAAAGUAUACAGACAGAUUUUUGUGUUGGGUGCCAGAAUGUAAGGUGCUAAUGAAGCAUGCCGCAUAGUGUAAGAGAUGAUGGUGCAAUAUAAAGCAAAGUUAUUCUGUUUUACGUUCUUCGUCUUGUUUCUUGGCGUACCUGACUGGAUCUUGGUUAGUCUGUUCUCUCUCUGAGGUUACACUAAUUUGCCCAGUGUCUUUUGCGAUUUCUUCUUCUUGCUUCUUCACGUCCCUUGCAUAUCUGACUGGUUCUUGGUUAAUCUGUUCUCUCUCUGAGGUUACACUAAUUUGCUCAGUGUCUUUUGCGAUUUCUUCUUCUUGCUUCUUCACGUCCCUUGCGUAUCUGACUGGUUCUUGUUUUGCUUGCCCGUUUGUCUCCGAAGGCUCGACAGCUGGACCGAUUUCCGUCUCUUUCAUAGACACGGCAGACACUGAACUGGUGUUCUCGCCCUUCUUGACGUAGCGUACGGCUAGCGAAGUGUCCUGCGUGCUCUGCUUGAGCGUGCUCUUGAGGCUGAACCUGCUGGAGAUUCUGGACCAGCACCGCUCCUUGUAGAGGGAGAAUACCUUUUUAGUGAAGAGGAAAGCGGCGCAGAUGGUGAACCCCUGAGUGGAGGUGAGAAUGAGGAAGAUGUACCAGGCCCAGUCAUUCCUGGCGAGGAUCGCGACAAACCCAAACACCCACGUGAGUCCAGUCACGGAAAAGACGCUCAGGUGGAUGCGGAAGUAAGAGGUGCUGUGUUGUUUCUGGAGCUUGGCCUCGCCUCGCUGUGCCUUGAGUAGCAGGUAGCUGGUCACAAAGAACGCUGCGGCAUUCAGUAGCAGUGAGAGAACCACCGGAGUCAGGAAAACGGCAAAGAAAGAGUUUCGGUCACCGAUCCAGCAGAAUCCGUCUUCCCCGUAUUGGAUGUAGUCUGUGGUGUAGUUGAGAACCACACUCAGCCCUGCCACAAUGGUAGGGAUGCCCCAUCCAAUCAGCAAGUAGAUGAGGAAUAUCUUCCGUUUCACCUUAUCACUCUCAGUCGGUCUCAGGCGUGACGCUCGAACCAGUGUCCGUGCUAGCUCGACGCUCAUGAUGGUCAUCCAGGAGAACUCGGAGAGGACGAACCAGUGGAGGAAGAUGGCGGUUGUGUGACAGAGCUCCUCUUUCCCCGACAGGGCAAACAGUCGGAUCACAGCCACGAGAAAGAGAGAGGUGGCCAGUAUGGCGGCAGAGAGGUUCAUCAGAAUCUUCCCUGGCAGUGUCCGCAGCUCUUUGAAUAGAGAGUAAGUCAACAGAACUACCGCACAGCCAAUCACGGAGAGCGAGCAACCCACGUAGGUCAGGACGGUGAGACCUACUGGAUAGGAGUAGGAGAGAACCGUCACGUUCACCUCGAACGUUCCGUUCUGCGAGAAGUUUGUGCAGAUGACUGCCGAGCCGUUGCUGUAGCCGAUGAUUUCAAAAAUCUCUCCCCCAAACUCUAAAGUUUCGUUGUCGAGCAGAAUAAACUCCGAAUCGUCAAGUGGAAUGGGAGAUUCAUCUUCUUCGUCGCAAGAAAGAGAGUUGUUGUUGUUCAGAGUACCGUUUGUACCAUUGAUAGCGAUGCUCUCAUCGAGCUGUGCUGGUAGUAUGCAGGGCUCCCCUCGGGCCACUUCCGGGCAGGCCGUUUUGCGACAUUUCCGGUUGAUGUGAUCAAAUACCUCUCCGUCUUCGCAUGUGGUGGUGACGCUGACUGUCGUCUGACCCACAGUAAUGGUCUGGGAGUUUCUGUCUGGGUCCACAAACACUGUGAAUGGUGGCGGUAUAAUCUCUGGUUUUUCAAUAAUUAAACCUUGUGGAGGAGGCCGUGCCAAAACCAAAGGAAGUUCGAUAUUGAAAAAUUCGCCGGUGAUGUUGAUUUUCCCGGGUUGGUUGGUAGGAGGUGGUUUCGUGGGCAGUUGGGUAGUGGGUGUAGUGGUAGGGGUUUGGGUGGUGGGUGUAGUCGUAGGGGGUUCUGUUUGUUCAGGGGGUUCUAUGGUUGGCGCCAUUGUUGCAGCUUCUAACUCGCAGUGGUUGGUUUCAUCUCUGAACGUGUAUGGACUGACACAUGCCAGCGUUCUAACUCUGAUCCCAUUGCACAGUGCACAGUACUGGUUACGGAAAGGUUUGGAAGAGCUUUUUGCCACAACGGGGCUAAGGUGUCCACUCUUGCACUGGCUCACCAGCUCUUGUUGAUAGACCUGCUCUGAGAUUUGAACAUCAGUCAUUGCCUCAAGACGCUCUCGCUCGAGACAAGAAUCUUCUACCAGAGAGGGAUGGACGCACGCCCUGGCUGCUGGAACAGUUGGGUUUGUUUCGUGAGGGUCUCGGAAUCGGCAUACGAGACACCACUGUUGUACAACGUCCAGUGUGAUCUGGAAGUCUGGCUGCUCGGUCAGUAGACGGAGCUGUUGGUUGCAUUCAAAGGUGUAGCCCCACUGUCUGAAGCUCCCGACCUGGUGGCACACGGCACAGUACUCGUUCUUGUACACCAGCCCCGUCUGCAGGUCGGUGACAGGCGGUAGAUCGUCGCUGCCUCUCGAGCAGUUGUUGAGGAUGUCCAGAAGUAGCUGGUCGUCUCUCCCGGCAAGCCAGUCGGCGGGACAUUCCGACACCAUCCAGAACGAUUCCUCCCAGCCUGGCUGGGUCCGCUCGUCCAGGUAGACGCUGCGACAUUCUAGCAAGCCGUUCAACUGGUCCGCGACGUCGUCGUCACCGCCAUUCAACGACUGAACGUGCGAAUUGCAGCAAUCUCCGUAGAGCGUGCAGUUAGAGUCGCAGCGACACAGCAAUUCUUCCUCUCCAAUGACCAGUCCUUGGUCAGGGCACGUCCGACAGUUGUCGUAUUCUGCGUUGGGUGAGUAGUAGCCCAAGCCCAAGUCAUCUUGACAAUCCGCGACGUCCGCGCUAACUAGUAAUAUGAGCAACCAAAGCGCAGCUCCGAGCGACGUAAGUAGUCUCUUUCUUCUCUCCAUUUGUGUGGGUCUCUUGUGUGACUCGAUACUGCACGAUGGAG